AUGGGUAAUGUAUUAAAAAGAAAUGGAGGCACUGUUCAAGCGGCUCCACAACAAGGUGGAAUGUAUUCACCCGCUCAACAACAACCUAUGGUGCAACAGCAACCUAUGAUGCAACAACAACAACCCAUGAUGCAGCAGCCUAGGAUGCAACAACCUAUGAUGCAACAACAACCGAUGAUGCAACAACAACCGAUGAUGCAGCAACAGCCUAUGAUGCAACAACAACAACCAAUGAUGCAGCAACAACCGAUGAUGCAGCAACAGCAACCUGCAUAUCGACCACCCAUGUAUCCACCACAACAACCAUCAUUUCCAAGUGCUCCGAAUAUGCCACGUUAUCCGGUUCCACACUCACUAGGAGGAAUGCCGGCUGGUCAAAAUCCUGCAUCAUAUUAUGAGAAUGAUGCAUUUCUUUCAAGUUUAACUGGUUGGUCAACUCAAGAUAUCGAACGUUUGCGACAUGAAUUUUUAAGUUAUGCUAAUCCAUAUGGUGUUAUUGAUCGUGAUGGUUUUCGUAAACUUUAUGUUGCAUCAUUAUUAAAUAUGACAUGGGAAAAUCUUGAACGUGAUGCUGAAUCAGCUUUUCGUAACUUUGAUUUAAAUCAAACAGGUGGAUUAGAUUUCAAUGAAUAUAUAACUGCUUGCUCUCGAAUGGCUAGAGAAACAGGUUCUGGGCCUCCACCAGUGAGUCCAUCUUACAAUUAUUAA